GGUUAUUGGUUUCCGUCGCCAAGGACAAUAUUGUAAAAGAGCGCAAACAAAAUUAGCGGAUUGCACGUUGGUGAGGUCCCUGAUGUUUUCUUCCCUUCUCUGACUUUUUACUCCGACUUCAAAUGAUGAAUCCCAAAUUCCACGAACCCUAGCUGCCAGCACACAAUCGUCUCAAGAUUGCCAAUUAUCGCAGUCACAAUCGCUCGCUGAUUGAAUUUCCUACUCCCCCACACUGUUACGUUUCGUCGUCGGCAGCACAAUCGGGUCAAUUCCGCCAUGAAAUGGAGCUUCUGAGAUGGUGAUAUUUGAUGAGGAUUAGGCGGGAAGCUGGAGCUGGAGCUGAAAUCGGAAGUGUUUGAGGAUUAGGGAUGCAAAUUUUUUGGAUUAGGGUUACGCAUGUUUCCGCAUUUGGGGUGGUUUGUGGGUCUGAACUAUAAAUCAUCAUCGGCAAAGAGGUUGCCAGAUGCCAAGCCUCCCCCGGCUAAGAUUAAGCCGGUGGCUAUGUUGGACGCUGUUCAAGAGGUUGCUAUUUACAUUCACAGAUUUCACAAUCUCGACCUUUUCCAGCAGGGAUGGUACCAAAUUAAGAUUACAGUGAGAUGGGAGGACAGUGAAUAUACUUCUGUGGGGACUCCAGCAAGAGUUGUGCAAUAUGAAGCUUCUGAUCUGGGUUCUGAUGAUGUAUAUGGAGUAUGGAGGAUUGAUGAUACUGACAACAGCUUCUCAAGUCAGCCGUUUCGAAUCAAAUAUGCCAGGCAGGAUGUCUUUUUAUCAAUCAUGAUAUCGUUCAAUCUAUCUCUUGCUGGACUUGAGGGUAUAUCAUCGUCUCCUAUUAUUUUGAAGUUUGAACUUCUGCAUGCCCCCAUAUUGGGAAAUAGGUCUGACUUGCAGGCUUCUCUAGGUGCUAGCCCUGCUGCUGUCCAUGAAUUUCGAAUUCCUUCUAAAGCUCUUCUGGGUUUGCAUUCAUAUUGCCCCGUUCAUUUUGAUGUAUUCCAUGCAGUACUUGUUGAUGUUAGUGUACACAUCAGUCUACUGAAAGCUGUCUCUUAUACACACCCAUUGAAGGUACCCAGUGAUUCUUCCACUCCUGAAAAUGUUGGUACAGAAGGUGAUUCUGGGUCCAAUCAAGCAUCAACACAGGCAGCUGCUGCAGAUGUGAAUGACAUUAUUCUUGCUAAAUCAUUGUUAAAUGCUCGUGACAUACUGCUUGAAGAACUCCAGAAACUUGGCAAGGCUAUUGACCAAGCUGUUGAUUUGACCGAUUUUAUAUCUAAAAUAGACGACACAAAGUUUGAUUUCCUGCAAGAAAAUUGGGUGACAGCAGAUGACAAAGUUUCAGGACAAGGCAAGCCACAAAAUGGUCUUGAGAAAUUAAAUGGCACAUCGGAGUUUGGAAGUGGUGAGGCCGUACGCCACUUGUCAAGGGGUGCCCUUCAGAAUUCUUUUCAUUCGUUGGGCGAUCAAAUUUUAUAUUUAUGGAACACUUUUUUGAACUUCCACAGGUUUAACAAAACAAAGAUACUGGAAUACUUGCGUGACACGUGGGCGAAGGAUAGAAGAGCUGAGUGGUCAAUAUGGAUGGUUUACUCUAAGGUUGAGAUGCCUCAUCAUUUUCUGAAUAGUAGUGGGGGUGAAGAGUCUUCCCACAAUGGUGGCCAUAAAAGACUUUCACCUAUGUGGAAAUUAACCGAUGAUCCUGCCCAGACUGCUGCUACCCGUGCUGAGCUUCAUCGGCGAAGUAUUGCGCAAAUGAAGAUUAACAAUCGGUCAAUUCAAGACAUGCAUUUAUUUGGAGAUCCAUCAAGAAUUCCUAUUGUCAUUGUGGAACGUGUGUUGAAUGCGCCUAGGCGUACAACUAGUGAAAAUUCGUACUUGAGAAACUUGGACGUGAUUAACUCUCCUGGCUUACUCUCUGGAUCUGGCUCUGACUCCAUAAACAAGAAAUCUGACUUUAUCUCACCAAAGAAAGGCCGUGUUUUAAAGCUUGUCGUCUUUGUGCAUGGCUUUCAGGGGCAUCACUUGGAUUUACGGCUUAUUCGAAAUCAAUGGCUAUUGAUAGAUCCCAAGGUAGAGUUUCUAAUGUCAGAGGCAAAUGAAGACAAAACAUCUGGUGACUUCAGAGAAAUGGGACAAAGGUUGGCCCAGGAAGUAGUUUCUUUCCUCAAGAAGAAAAUGGAUAAAGUUUCGAGAUCCGGAAGCAUAGCUGAUAUUAAGCUUAGCUUUGUGGGACAUUCUAUUGGGAAUGUUAUCAUAAGAACGGCACUAACAGAUAGCAUUAUGGAACCAUUCCUAAGAUACCUGUACAUAUAUCUUUCUAUAUCGGGCCCACACUUGGGGUAUCUAUACUGUUCAAACUCUUUAUUCAGCUCUGGGUUGUGGCUCUUGAAGAAGCUCAAGAACACACAGUGCAUUCAUCAGCUUACCUUCACAGAUGAUCCAGAUCUUCAAAAUACGUUCUUUUACAAGCUGUGUAAGAAGAAGACACUUGAGAAUUUCAAGCACAUAGUCCUGUUAUCUUCACCACAGGACGGUUAUGUUCCCUACCAUUCUGCUAGAAUAGAUAUGUGCCAGGCUGCUUCAUUGGAUUUCUCAAGGAAGGGAAAAGUGUUUCUGGAAAUGCUGAAUGAUUGCUUGGACCAGAUACGGGCUCCUCAGUCUGAGAAUCGAGUGUUCAUGCGUUGUGACAUCAACUUUGAUACCUCAUUGUAUGGAAAGAACUUGAACACCUUCAUAGGAAGGGCUGCUCAUAUUGAGUUUUUGGAGUCCGACAUUUUUGCAAGAUUCAUCAUGUGGUCUUUCCCUGACCUAUUUCGGUAGAGCAGCCGUUGCUGGCAAUGCAGCUUCUUCUCUUGCCCUUCUUUAUGUGGUUAUCUCACUACCUCCACUGGAAAGACCAUGUGAGGAAGACAUCGGCUGUUGUAAAUUUUCAGCUUUAGAACUCAAUGUACGGGUAGAAGUUGUGCCAUUGGCAUCACAUCCUUCUCAUGGUAGCAUCACGUCCUUCGCCACAUUGAGGACGAGCAAAUGAUUGAAGACAUGGGCUGUUGUAAGUUUUCAGCUUUAGAACUCAAUUUACGGGUAGAAGUUGUGCCAUUGGCUCAAUGUGAAGUUUCUAGGAAUGCCAAUAGCCCGUGGAGCAUACUAUCUUAUUAGUAUCCAAGCGAGGCUGCUUGUGAGUUUUAAGAAAAGUAGAGAAAGCUGUAAGCAUUAUGCAUAUUCUAGGCUAAUGAGAUUCUAUAAUUUUGCUUUUGAUCCAGUUCCCGUCAAAGGAUCGUGUAUUUUAAGCAGGCAGUAGCGACCGGGAAUGGAACUUGCAAAAUUUAACUAGUUGUGCAGUAGUAAGAUUAUGUUACAGUUAUUAUCCUUUUGCAGUUUCUCUUGUUCA